AUGCUUAUAAUUAUAAACUUUUUCAUAAUAACAACAUAUUCACUUGAAGAAUAUGAUUGUGGAUUAAAUGUCUAAACCUUAUGUGCACCUGGUAUGAAAAUAAGGGAAAAGUAUUAACCAUAUUUUGGUUUUUGGAAUUUUGAUCUAGACAAAUUAGUAGAUUCAGGUCCUCAUAAUCACAUUACUAAUAUAAAUGAAUUAUCAAGAUCAUCUUCAAUGAUGGGAACUGGAGUAUAUUUCAAAAAGGAUUCUGAAUUUGAAGUGUAAUUCGUUCCAUCAUUUGAAGGUUCAUAAUGGACAGUCAGUUUUUAAAUAAUGUUUGAAGAAAUUGGAAGAAAAAUAAAAGAAGUAGGUAAUAUCCUAACACUUUUCGAUGAAAUAGAGGAUCAUUAAAAUUUAGUUUCAAUAGUUGUUGAUACUACUAUUCCUACAUUUGCAAUUAAAGAAAAUUCAUAAAGUGUUAAUUCUAAUAUGAGAUUAUAACCUUAACUUUGGUAUCAAUUGUUCUUAGUGUUAUCAGAUAAAUCCAUAAAAUUAUUUGUGAAUGGUAUUGAAUGUGCAAAAUUACAAUCAGGAAAAGCUAUAAGUUUUAAGAAACUUAAAAUUGGAUUAGAAAAUGAAUUACCAUCAUUUAAUUUAGAUACAUUAAAACUAUUUAAUAGAAAGAUUGAAGAAUGGGAAAUUUUGGCAUCAUCUUAAUUAUUUUAAAUGAAUGGAGAUUGGGUAUUAUUACAAUGUGAGAAUUGUUAAUUUGAAUAAGCAAAAUAAUGUCCAUUUAGUUAUCAUCUUUGCACAACUGUAGAACUAUAUUCUUUUGGUAUUAAUAUAGCUAAAAAUAUGGGAUGGGGUAUUUGGAAUAAUACAAAUAUAUGGAGUUCAGAAUCAAAUCCUAAUAAAUUUAAAAAUAAAGAGGGACUUGCUUUAUGUUGCAAGGAUCUCGAUUUUGUUUUAAUAUGA